UGCAUGGAAAAUGGAUGGACACCAAACCCACUCUGUGAAGUGCCCUCCCAAUGCAAUUUACCAAAAAGAGUAGAGAAUGCAGUUAUUACUGAAAAGAAACGGGAGGUCUACAGUGAUGGUGACGGAGUAACCUACAAAUGCCGUACCAAUUACAGAAUGGAAGGAGAGAGUAUAAUUAGAUGCCAACGUGGUCAAUGGACUCCAGGAACUCCUACUUGCAUCCAAGCGACAUGUCGACUGCAGCAAGUGAGAGGAACCACUUAUCUUGAUGUAUAUACGGACACAUUUUUACCUGGAGAAACCGUUUCGGUGAACUGCCACCAAGGCUACUGGUUUUUCUUUAAUGAUCAGCAAACCCAGAAAACAAUUACUUGUACAAAAAGUGGUAAAUGGAAUACAGCUGCAGAAUGCCAAGGAGUGACAUGUCAACUGCCGCAAGAGAGAGGAACCACUUAUCCUGAUGUAUAUACGGACCGAUUUUUACCUGGAAAAAACGUUUCGGUGAACUGCGCCCAAGGCUACUGGUUUUCCUUUAAUGAUCAGCAAACCCAGAAAACAAUUACUUGUACAGAAAGUGGGAAAUGGAUUUCAGCUGGGGUCAUUUGGAUGGGGCCAUGCCAAGUGAUCAGAUGUCAGGAUCCAAAUGACCCUAAUUUGAAAGAACGGCUUCGAAGUACAGGAUAUGGUGGAUAUGCAUACUACCGGUGCAAACAAGGCUUCAGGCCAACUGAUUAUGUUCUAGCUAGAUGCACGGAAAACGGAUGGACACCAAACCCACUCUGUGAAGUGCCCUCCCAAUGCAAUUUACCAAAAAGAGUAGAGAAUGCAGUUAUUACUGAAAAGAAACGGGAGGUCUACAGUGAUGGUGACGGAGUAACCUACAAAUGCCGUACCAAUUACAGAAUGGAAGGAGAGAGUGUAAUUAGAUGCCAACGUGGUCAAUGGACUCCAGGAACUCCUACUUGCAUCCUGCCCUCCCAAUGCAAUUUACCAAAAAGAGUAGAGAAUGCAGUUAUUACUGAAAAGAAACGGGAGGUCUACAGUGAUGGUGACGGAGUAACCUACAAAUGCCGUACCAAUUACAGAAUGGUAGGAGAGAGUAUAAUUAGAUGCCAACGUGGUCAAUGGACUCCAGGAACUCCUACUUGCAUCCAAGCGACAUGUCGACUGCGGCAAGUGAGUGGAACCACUUAUCUUGAUGUAUAUACGGACACAUUUUUACCUGGAGAAACCGUUUCGGUGAACUGCCACCAAGGCUACUGGUUUUUCUUUAAUGAUCAGCAAACCCAGAAAACAAUUACUUGUACAAAAAGUGGUAAAUGGAAUACAGCUGCAGAAUGCCAAGUGAUCAGAUGUCAGGAUCCAAAUGACCCUAAUUUGAAAGAACGGCUUCGAAGUACAGGAUAUGGUUAUUAUGCAUACUACCGGUGCAAAGAAGGCUUCAGGCCAACUGAUCGUGUUAAAGCUAGAUGCACGGAAAAUGGAUGGACACCAAACCCACUCUGUGAAGUUGGAAUCAUGGCGGAAGGAGGAGUGGUCAAGACAUCCAUCAGCCUUCUAAUAGCUAAUGGAGCUGAGCUGGAGAAGGUGGAGCCUACUGUCGUGUCUGGGUCCAGUGCAACAACCACCACAGCUAAUGGAGCUGAGCUGGAGAAGGUGGAGCCUACUGUCGUGUCUGGGACCAGUGCAACAACCACCACAGCUAAUGGAGCUGAGCUGGAGAAGGUGGAGCCUACUGUCGUGUCUGGGUCCAGUGCAACAACCACCGCAGAUAGAGGUAGCGAAAUAACUUGUGGGGAUCCGCCGUCGCUCCCUGAUGGAAAAAUCUGUGGAAAUUUUAAGGCACCCCACAAGCAAUGGGAUAAAGUGAGAUACGCUUGUGGAAUUAACUUCACCAUUAAGGGAAACGUCAAGACCUGUGAGAACGGACAAUGGACCGGAGAGACUAGAUGUCUUGCUAAUGGAGCUGAGCUGGAGAAGGUGGAGCCUACUGUCCUGCCUGGGUCCAGUGCAACAACCACCGCAGCUAAUGGAGCUGAGCUGGAGAAGGUGGAGCCUACUGUCCUGCCUGGGUCCAGUGCAACAACCACCGCAGCUAAUGGAGCUGAGCUGGAGAAGGUGGAGCCUACUGUCCUGCCUGGGUCCAGUGCAACAACCACCGCAGUUGCCUUAUUAGGUCCUCCACAGUCGCCCCAUCAGUCCCCGUCAGUCUGGUCCCUGGAGCAGCUGGCACAGUACCGCAGCACCCCCACUCAAAAUACCUUCCUGCGCACCUGCUAG